AUGGAUUCUAGCCAGUGGGAAAGAUCCUUCUGCUCAGCAUGACUAUCAGUGUGGUGGCCAUAGUGCCUUGAAGAUUAGGAGAAGUGGCAAGAGAUUUCAGAGGAGGUGUUACUAAAGCCCUCUUGGUGCAAUUUAAAGAAGCCUCUUACCACUUCAGCAAAACUAAGUUACUACGAUAUCAGUAAUGAAUGUGAUUUAUGUAGGGACCUUUUUGAUAGGGCUGGUAUUUGGGAAACUAACUGACAAUGAUGAUAGCUCUUCCACUGUGUUAGAGAAGCCACAACAUACAAUAGUAAAGGAGUAUUUUAGGGAAGAGUUUGAUGAUGAGGAUGAAUGGCAGAAACGGUGGGUUCAGUCUAAACAUAGAACUGAUUAUGGUAAAUUUCGUAUAUCAGCAGGAAAGUUUUAUGGAGACAGAGAUAAAGAUAAAGGUCUGCAGGCACACCAAGACACUAAGUAUUAUGCGGUGUCAGCAAGGUUCCGGCCCUUCAACAAUGAAGGUCAGACCUUUGUGGUUCAGUAUACAGUAAAAUAUGACCAACAUGUCGAUUGUGGUGGUGCCUAUAUUAAACUUUUUUCUGCAGACCUGAAUCAAGAAGUUAUGAAUGAAGAUUCUCAAUACUAUAUUAUGUUUGGUCCAGAUAUAUGUGGGGAAGACAAAAAGAUAGUGCAGGUUAUCUUCAACUAUAAAGAUGAAUACUACCCUGUCAAAAAAAACAUCACAUGUGAGACCGAUGACUUUACCCAUCUCUACACUCUGAUAGUACGUCCAGAUUUAACAUAUGAAGUGAAGAUUGAUAAUUACGUUGCUGAGGCUGGCCAUCUAGAAGAUGACUGGGAUUUCCUACCUCCAAGGAAGAUAGUAGAUCCUGAUAUGCCAAAACCUGACUACUGGGAUGAAAGGGAGACUAUUGAAGAUCCCAUGGACAAGAAACCAGAUGACUGGGAUCAGCCAGAAAGAAUUCCUGACCCAGAUGUCAAGAAGCCAGAUGACUGGGAUGAAGAAAUGGAUGGGGAGUGGGCACCACCUAUGAUUCCAAACCCUCAGUACAGAGGCAUUUGGAAGCCUCGUAUAAUUAAAAACCCCAGUUAUAGUGGCAUAUGGGUUCAACCAGAAGUUGAUAAUCCAGAAUACACACCAGAUCCUAAUCUUUACAAAUAUUUCAACAUUAGCGUCAUUGGUUUAGAAAUUUUACAGGGAAGGUCUGGCACAAUCUUUGACAAUUUUCUUAUCACAAAUGAUGAAAAAUAUGCUGAAGAUGCUGGAAAUGAAAUGUGGGGUGUCACAUAUGAGAGAGAAUGGAAGAGAAGAGAGCGACAAGAUGUAGUGUAUAAAAAAAUUAAUGAAAAGGAGGAACCAAAAGGAAAAGACGACAAGAAAGAAAAGAAGAAAAAAGAUCCCAACGUUAAAGAUGAGCUCUAAUCAACCAAAAUCUCUUGCAUAGUUACUGUAACUCAUGGUGAAAAUUUUUCAACUUCUAAAUAUUGUAUUUAUUUUCCAAAUAUGUGUUACUGAAACUCUGAAAUGCAGUGGCAAUAAAAAGUCCAGACAACAAUUUCUAUGCUAUUAGGUGUGGGUAGUGGUGGUACAAGUAGUACUUUGGUCUCUUAUUUUACUCUGGAAGGACAUAAGCGUAUGUUGUAUAUACAGAGAGUCAUGCAGUGCAGGGAUAUAGAAAAUAAAGUACCACUGGCUCAGUCAGAAGUCAUACUGCUUAAUAUCUUAACUCAGGAUUGAACUCAGGCUAUAUCAGUUUACCACCUCAUUUGCAGGUGGGCUGCAGUUUGAUCUCUGAAUUCCCAUGAUGCCAGUGGAAGCCAGCUUAUCUAUGUUUUAAACUUCUUUAAAAUUAAGCAAAAUAGACAGAAAAGAAGAAGCCCCGCUCUCAUGAUAAGUCCCUUACACCCCUGCCUUCCCCCAGCAAACAGAUUGAAUUGCUUUGCCUCAUUCCCUCCUUUUGUUUAAGGGUUUGCCCUGACAUCUCUCCACCCUCCUUCCCAAAAUCAGGCAAAUCCUAAAACAAACGGAAUCCAGCCCUGCUCUAAACCAGGAAUGUAGGGUGGGCUCCUUUUUCCCAUUCCUUCAUUCAUACAUUUCCCCUCUCCCAUCCAUGGGAUGCUGUAACUAUAAUGCAGCAUUACUUCUGCAUAAAGAAGAUAGUGAUAUCCAGGAGUUGGAAAAAUUACUCUUACUCGGCUUCCUUAAACCUGUACCUCACCUCUACUUUAUGUGUUUUGGACAGGCUUGGACUUAAACAUGAAGGUCUGCGGUUAUCAGGUAUAGGUUGUGCCUCAAUGACUGUCAUAAAUGUGCAUAGUAAUUCAGACUUACAAUUUACGGAAGAGAAUUCAUAUCCCUUACACACUUGGUGACUCCUGAGCUACUGUGAAUAGAAUGAAUGGAACUAAGUUCACACCACAAAUGCAUGUGGAAGCAUUAUGUAGUCAUAAGAUGCCACACUAAGAGAAGAGACUGUUGCCUGGGUUUCCAACCAGUAUCUUUCUGGUAUGUACAUUUCCACUGCCAAUGCACAGCAUAAAUAGCCAGUGGUGGCAGGUGACUACUGGACCUGGUCUGGUUGCUAGGAGGUCACGGAUAUGGCCACGUUUUUCUCGUUUCUUCCCCAAGCUCCCUUGCAAAGAUACUGUGGACACUUAAGCAUUGCAAUUGUACAAAUACUUAGCAUCUAACUAAACUAAACUGAAAAGUGUCUUACCUUGGUUCACAAGGGGUCCCUGCUAUCACAAUUUCUAGUGUGGAUUCAUGCCACAAUAACCAUACAUUACCAAGAAUUAAGCUGCACUGAAUUCCAUGGGGAUUGCUUGCAAAAUAUGUACAGGAUUGCAGCCUGAAUUGUUUAGUCUUAAAAGUGCCACACAGGUCUGUUAUCAAGGGACUCCAUGCAUUUCUAGCCCUAAGGGGAAAUGUUAUUCCCCUCCCCCAGAUUCCCCCCCCCAGAAUGUAGAUUAUGGUGAAUGGAUAUUAAGUGGACUAGGAUCUGGGACACCAUGGUUGAAAUCAACCACUUGGAUGUGAAACAUGCUAUAAGAUCUUGGGUCAGUCAUUGUUUCCCAGACUAACCUACCUCACAGGGUUGUUGUGAGGAUAACAUUGGGGAAAGGAGACCCAUGAAUGCCACCUUGAGCUUGGAGAAAAGGUGGAAUGGAUGUCAAUACUGCUAGAUAUGGAAUUAUCAAAAUAAAAAGUCACUCUCCA